AUGACUAAGUUUGGACAACUUUUGUGCAUCCUAGCCAUCCUUCAAUCCUCAUCAUCCAUCAACCUCGACUGUUCAUUCAACACAAACUUUCAUUACUCAAUUGUGGGUAAAGUUUAUCGUUGUGAAAUCCAAAAUGACUUGCAAGUGUCCUCACCAGAUGAUUUUGUUGCUGAUUCAACAAGUGGAGAGCACUGGACUGAAAUGGGAGAUCAUAAUGUGACUGGAUUGUUUGCACAUUCGAAAGAUUGGAAAUUUAUGCCAAAAAAUGUCGAAAAAUUCUUCGAGAAUAUCAAGUUGAUUGACAUUAUCAAAAGCAAAAUCCAAGAAAUUCAUCAAAGUGACCUCAAACCAUUCCAAAAGUUGGUCUAUUGUGGAUUUAAAGAUAAUGAAAUUCAAACCCUUGAAACUGGACUUUUUGACUACAACUUGGAACUGGAAUUGAUUUCAUUUUGGAACAAUCGAAUCACACAAGUUGGUCCGAAUGUUUUUGAUCAUUUAACUAAGUUGACUUGGCUGUAUUUUGAUGAAAAUCCAUGCCUUAAUAUGAGAGUUGAGGACAAUAGACAAGGAGUUCUAAGUAUGGUCGAAAAAGUCACACAAAACUGCAAAACUUCAAAUUCUGAUGCAUUAAAGAAGGAAAUUGAAGAACUGAAGGCUCAAUUCAAGGACCUUAAGAAUGCUCAUGACAGCGGAUUUACAGCAAUGAUAAAAACUACAGAAGAUCUUACUCAACGAGUCUCGGAGUUGGAAAAAAAUAUGAAUGAAGCUCAGCAAAGAAUCAAGGACUUAGAAUCUAAGGCUAGUAAUAUUGAUAAUAUGGAAGUUAAAAGCAUGGAAACUAAGACAAUGAGUAUGGGUAAUGAUGCAUUAGGCAAGAAUGUAAUUUCCCAACAAUUUUUCGAGAAAUUUGAAAAUUGA